AUGGCAGCGAUGGCGGCUGGAGAUGAACAUGCCGCCUCUGAGGUUUUGAGAGGACUCACUCGACAUUUAAACUGUCUGAAUGAAGACAACAAGGCGACAAGAAAGAGGGCUUUAGAGGUGAUUAAGAAGGAAACUGUAGAUAAAGGACUUUCCAGCAGCGUCUUACAGGAGGUUUUCUCUGCCCUCCUAAAGCCUCUGCUCAAAUGUCUGUCAGACCCAAUGGAAAGAUGCAGAGAAACUGCGAUAACAACUUUAAGUGAAUUUAUUCGCUCUGUCCCCAAACCGGAGGAGUCCCUGUCUUAUUUUAUGCCCUGUCUGGCUCAAAGGCUCGGUGAAAAAGACAUCUUGGAGCCCGCCGAGGAGCUUCGACUGUCUGCCAUGGAGAUGCUCUCGCUGACGUUGGAGGUGUGCGGGAAACAUUUAGCACCUUAUCUGAAUGAUGUGAUUAAUAUACUCCAGAGAACCAUCGUAGACCCUUUCCCAGACGUCAAAAAGGAGAGCUGCAAAUGCACCGUCAGCCUUGCAAAGGCUGUGCCAGACCACUUUCACUUGCAGGCUGAGAGCCUGAUCAAGCCUCUCAUGCAGACAAUUUCUCAUCAGCACUCCCGGGUACGAGUGUCUGCCAUUGAGGCCACUGGAGCUGUCAUUCAGCAUGGCACUGGAAAAAACGUGGAUGAUGUGCUCUCUCACCUGGCACAGAGACUGUUUGACAAUUCACCACAGGUGAGGAAAGCCGUGACUGUAGUUGUUGGGAAUUGGCUACUUCACAUGAGAGACAGAUACUCUUAUUUCCACAAACUCAUCCCUCUCUUGCUGAGCAGCAUCAGCGAUGACAUCCCAGAAAUAAGACUUCUUGCAGCUGAUUUAUGGAAGCAAAUAGGUGCCCAGUGGGAGAAGGAAAAUGAGGAGGACAUCAAGGACAAAAUGGACUUUCUCCUCACCCCACCUCCCUUCUACCCAGCAGGAGAGGAGCGUCCAGGACUCGGGUGCAGAGAGCUUGUGGUGAGAAACCUGGGCAGACUGGUGCCGGCCAUUUCCCAUGAUGUGACCGACUGGCUGGUGCCUACACGGGUCAGAACCUCCCAGCUGCUCGCUGUGCUGCUGCUCCACGCUGAAGACCACAACACUCAGCAUUUACAGCCUCUCCUUGCCACACUCUACCAGGCCUGCACUGACACAGAGAGGGACGUGGUCACCAACUGCCUAGCAGCUGCCAAGCUUUUGGGGACAUUUGUCCCUCCUGCCGUCUUCCUCAAGCUGAUGUUGGAUCAUGUAACAGCUCCAUCGUCUUCCUCUCACCCCUGGGCCCCACUCAUGGUACUGGCUGCUGUGCUCGGAGGCUGCCCCAGACCCCUCCUUAAACCACAUCUCGAACAGAUUGCCAACACACUGGCCCAGCCUGAUGUCUGCCAGGAAUAUCAGCAGGUUGUGUACUUGGAGCAGCUGUUGGUCAAUGUGGAUGUCCUGCUGCGUCAGUGUGCAUCAGAUUGUGGCUCGGUUAGCCUGCAGCUGCUGCAGGUGCUUGUCACUGUCCAGAGCCUCUCCACUGAGCCACAUGUUAGCGAAAAGGCCAUGGAGAACAUACACUUGCUGUGUAAGGUGCAGGGUUUGCAGUCAGUAAUGGAGCUCUAUAGACAACAUAUGGGCCAGCUGCUGGACUGGCUGUCUGCCUCAGUCAACACCUGGUCCAGUUACUCCCCACAGAGACUCCAACUGCAUGUGAUGGUCACGCAAUCAGGUCCGGUGAUCGGGGAGUUUGUGAGCCAGCUGAUGCCUCUGCUUCGCUGCUGCCUUCAACCAGACAGAGACACGGAGAUGAGAAUGAGUAUCUUCACAAUGCUGGCUAAGCUGCUACUGGAUGCUUCUAAGACACUUGAUUCCCGGGGGCAUUUUUGUGAUGAGUCAGAGAGGUUUCUAUGUGACAUCCUGCUUCCAAACCUGGUGUGGCAAGCAGGCCGCACUGCUGCCGCCGUCCGCACCGCAGCCCUCAGCUGCCUGCUUGCCUUGCUGCAUGGAGGGGCCGUCACACCCGGACAGCUGCUGUGUCUGGAGGAAAAGCUGCUGCCCCUCUUGUUGUCUGCUUUAGAUGAAGACUCUCAGAUGGGUAGACUGUUUGCUCAUCGUUCUCUGUCCAGCAUACUUAAACUUGCAGGAACCAGUCUGCACCCUGAGGCCCUCAACAAAAUCUACCCUGAACUGGUGAAGCAUUUGGAUGACAGCAGCGAGGAGGUGCGCAGCGUAGCUCUUCAGGCCCUUGGGCUGUGGCUGUCCAGCGUGACCAAAGACUACAAUCGGGACUUUUACACCGCUCAUCUGCAGCUCCUCUUCCAGCAGCUUCUCCUGCACCUGGAUGAUCCCGAUGAUUCAGUGCAGGGCAACGUGCUAGAGAUCCUGAAGAAGGGCAGCUCAGUCCACCCGGCACUCCUCAAGAGGGAGGUAGAAUCAGUGAGAGACAAGCACCGGAGUCCUGUGUACUGUGACCAGCUGCUCCAGCACAUCAGCUCUCUGAAAACAGAAACUUUAGCAGAGUGUCCCGAGUGACUGAAACCACCUAAAAAAAAAAAGAAAAAAAAUGUGCCUUAGAUUAAGGCACUGAUGAGAUAACAUGUUAAUUCAAAGGAGCUUUCAUCCUUAAAUUAUAUUGAAAAUUAAUAUGAAUGGAGUUUAGCCUUGUUUUGUACUUUUUUUUACUCUUAAUUUACCUUUUACCCCUGAAUGUUUCCUUAACCAUUUGUUCUAAAAUGUUUUGUUUUGUUUUGUUUUGUUUUUUUUUACACCUGUACCUUUUACCUUUUCUGUUUAUUGAAUCCCUUUUGUUCUGAUGUGUGUCUGGAAAGAAACCGAAUUUUGACGCACUGAUUUUUUAAAAACGUUCUUGCUUUGUUCUCAUUUGAUGUUUCUGUGCAUACCUGCCUGGGAGAAGAUGGUUUGUGUGAUUUUACCUUCAAAAUAAAAGCCUUUUUCAUUUUCUG